GUCUCUCCAGGCAAGCAGUAAUAAACAAAAGAUGGGCAUGAACCAUUCAUUCUAUUAGAAGGCCACGACUCCGGCCGACGUACACCCAUCAUGCAGACCGAAUCCCCGAAUCCUCUAAUACACAAUGCUCCAGCAUCGGAUACCAGUCCCCGCGUCCAGCUCCAUCCUCUUGUCCUCCUCACGAUUUCCGACACCAUCACCCGGCACAAUCUCCGCGACAGCGAGGAGCUAAGCGUGGGAAUCAUCCUUGGCCAGCAGAAUGGCCGUGAAGUCACCAUGGAAGCUGCGUUUGAGUGUAAGACGGUUACCACAGAGGGCACGGUCUUGUUCGACGAGGAGUAUCUCAGGGUGCGGCUCGAUCACUUGAGAGAAGUCUAUCCGUCUCCGCAGCUCGAUUUGGUGGGCUGGUUCGGCCUCGGGCUCCCAUCUGGACCCGCGUUGUAUCACUCCGUGAUCCAGGAUCAAUUCCAGCACCGACUGGGACACGACAAUGCGUUACUGCUCCUCUUUCACCCUACCGCGGUCGGCGAACCCGAAUUGGCUAUGGGGAAGCUCCCAGUUUCGGUAUAUGAAGGCGUCGUUAUCAACGAACCGAACGCCAUGGAUGUCGACGGCGGUGAUCGAGCGAAGGGCCUGAGAUUUAGGGGGUUGGAGUGUGCGAUCGAGACGAGCGAGGCGGAAAUGAUCGCGAUCGACUUCGUAGCUAAGGGUGGAGGGAAUGCCACGGCUGUGGAACGGCCCAACGAGCCGGCGAGUGAGUCGAGCGGGAAAGGCAAGGGGAAAGCGCUCUCCGUAGACGACUUGGUAAACGGAGCAGAACAGGCACCGGAAGUCCAGCUUUCUCCCGCGGAAGAAGAUCUCAUCUCGUCCCUUACCGCAAAGCUCAACGCGAGCAAGAUGCUCCACCAACGCAUUUCUCUCCUCGGAUCGUACGUCUCGUCUCUACCACCCUCCUACCUCACCGAUCCCUCGCUUCCGAUCCAAACCUCCUCCGACCCCGAAACCGACCAGACGCUCCCAAACCAUCAAAUCCUCCGCUCCAUCUCGGGCCUCAUCCGCCGCCUGCCCAUCCUCCCGCCACCAUCCACCGUGGAAUUCCAGCGCGAAGUAUCCGAGCAGCGCACAGACGUGACGCUACUCGACCUGCUCGCGAAGGUGACCGAGUCGAUCAAUGAGAGCCGCGAAAUGGGCAAGAAAGUGGCGGCGGUGGAAAUUGGUCGGUCGUUUGGACGGAAGGGGUCGGGGAUGCAGGGUCUACAGGAACUGCCGUCCACGGCAUUCGACAGUCCGACGUGAAGGGAGCAUGACUCACAUGACGUUGACGAAUAAUGAUGGGAAUUCAUGAGUUGCUCGUCGUUGAGAGGUUCUACCAGCGAGCAUUCUGCCUAGUAUUGCAGGCGUAACAUUCUUAUAGAAUCGAACGUGGUCCUGAAGACCAACGGUCUGCUCUGUAGAAGGGAAUAAAGAUGCACUUCAAAUCGCACUCCCCAAUGAAUGAGCGUCCAUGGUGAUAUGAUGGUAGUAUAUAUG